CUGCCUUCCCUCUCCGCGCGUUCGGGUACGCGGAGGGCUUCAGAGCGCAGCGCCCCUGCUUCUCCGCAGCCCCCCGCCUCGCCCGGGGGAUUCGGCCCGCGCCGCCAAGAUGGUCAUCCAGAAAGAGAAGAAGAGCUGCGGGCAGGUGGUUGAGGAGUGGAAGGAGUUCGUGUGGAACCCGAGGACGCACCAGUUCAUGGGCCGCACCGGGACCAGCUGGGCCUUCAUCCUCCUCUUCUACCUCAUCUUCUAUGGCUUCCUCACGGCCAUGUUUACGCUCACCAUGUGGGUGAUGUUGCAGACCGUCUCUGACCAUACUCCCAAGUACCAGGACAGACUGGCCACCCCAGGUUUGAUGAUUCGCCCUAAGACGGAGAACCUUGAUGUCAUUGUUAACGUCAGUGACACAGAAAGCUGGGAUCAGCAUGUUCAGAAGCUCAACAAGUUUUUGGAGCCUUACAACGAUUCCAUCCAAGCCCAAAAGAAUGAUGUCUGCCGCCCUGGGCGUUAUUAUGAACAGCCAGAUAACGGGGUCCUCAACUAUCCGAAACGUGCCUGCCAAUUCAACCGGACCCAGCUGGGCAACUGCUCUGGCAUCGGGGACCCCACUCACUACGGUUACAGCACUGGGCAGCCCUGUGUCUUCAUCAAGAUGAACCGGGUCAUCAACUUCUAUGCAGGAGCAAACCAGAGCAUGAAUGUUACCUGUGUUGGGAAGCGAGAUGAAGAUGCUGAGAAUCUUGGCCACUUUGUCAUGUUCCCUCCUAAUGGCAACAUUGAUCUCAUGUACUUCCCUUACUACGGCAAAAAGUUCCACGUGAACUACACACAGCCCCUGGUGGCUGUGAAGUUCCUGAAUGUGACCCCCAACGUGGAGGUGAACGUGGAAUGCCGCAUAAAUGCUGCCAACAUUGCCACAGACGACGAGCGAGACAAGUUUGCCGGCCGUGUGGCCUUCAAACUCCGAAUCAACAAAACCUGAGGCCCCUUCCUCCCAACCCCCACCACUCUCCUGUGGAUGCUUCUGGAAUGUCCCUGACCCUGCCUGAUCCCUCCCUACCUGCCCUAAAGGUAUUUUUUUAUAACAGAGCUAUGACUUGUUUGCCUCACACCCUCUUCUUUGACUUCUCAACCCUGCCUGAUGUGCACUGUGAUUCCUGACUGCACCCAUUUUCUACCAUUUUCUCCCAGCCAGAGACAGAAAUGGGCAACCAAGAUGGCCACAAAGGAGUUAAGAGUCUUUAUAGUUCUGGUUUAGCUGUGAGGGGGUUGGUUUUAUAACUCCUCCCUGCACUUCUGCUUAUC